CAUGCAUCUUUGCAAUUUACAAACCAUGAUUUCUCUAAUCAAAGUAUCUUUAAUUACGAUAUGACAUAAUACUAAUCCUUUCUCAAAUCAACUGAAAAAGCCGCCAUCCAUAUCCAUGGAUAUGUUAAAGGAUAAUACUUAGCCUUCUUUUGUAAAGGAAUUCCGGAUUACUUAGCUCAGUCGACUUUCUUCUGCGAUGUCUACAAAAUAUAUAAAGCCAUGCAAUACAACAACAGAACAUCUAAAGCUGCCAAGCAAGAACGAUAGCCAUCUUAAUUGCAUGCAUAUUUGGAUGUUGUUCAAUUAGAGUUAGAUUAAACAUGGCCGAUAUGCAAAUUGUUCUGGCUAAGGCUUGCAAAAAUGUAGAGGCGCAGUAUGUGGAGAUGAUGGUUCCUCUCUAUUCUCAUGGAUGUGAGAAGAAAGUCAAGAAGACCCUCUCCCAUCUCAAAGGGAUAUACUCGGUGAAGGUGGAUUACGACCAACAAAAGGUGACAGUGUGGGGAAUAUGCAACAAAUACGAUGUGCUUGCAACCGUGAGGAGCAAGAGAAAGGACGCCUGUUUUUGGAACCCCCAAGACAACGACAUUGCCUUAGAAUUACAAUCGCAGCCUCCCUCAGACUCAAGCUCUCCUCCAAUUUCAUCAGCUUCGAGAUACGCAAACUCUUCUUUAGCUCUGAUCAGGGUUCGCUCUCUAAGCUUAAAAUUGAAAGCAUGGAAGAAAGUCUUCACUAGAUCCUACUCGUUACCCUGAUCCCGAGAGAGGCUUUCUCGAGGGUUAUUCCUAAUAAACCCUAAUACUUUUGAAUUUGUAUCUAAUUUUCUAAAAAAUUAACUUGAGGGGUACGUACGUUAAAGAGAAUUGUCUGUUGUCAUCUAUUUCCUAUUAUAAUUAGUCAAAAGAAACUGGGUGCUGGUCUAAUAUUAUAUACCCAGCCAGUCUUUCUCUUCAAAUUCGUAUUAUUUGGUAAGAUUUGACAAGUUAGUUCUCUCUUUGGUUUGAUUUUCAGGGGUCAGCUUGAUAAUAGUCAAUCAUACCUCCAUCCAUACACUGUUACGUACCAACUAUUUGUGGGUGGGUUGCAACUUGCAUUGCACACCUGCUUGACAACACACAGAAUUUUCUCUACCACUUUACUGCAAACAAACAUGCAGAUAAAGCAGAUCACAUGGCAUUUUGUCCUGCUGAUUUCAUGCCAACCAUAAAAUAUAGCAUGUACAAGAGACUUUUUAGCUUUCAAGCCACUUGUAUAUCGCCGACGCCGAUCCAUCCAAAAUCGUCGAAGGGGUUGUUGCCACGUGAUCCAACAAAAAAGUUUGAAGACUUGAUUGCACAGAAGAAAACAAAAGUCUUAUAACAAGGCGAACAAAACGUUGGGCUGAACAACUUUAAUCAUGACUAUUUACGCGUAAGCUGACCAAACCCCACACACAGUGACAGUCCGUUCCGUUGGGCUGAACAAGUUAAUCAACUUCCCCAUAUAGUAAUUUCUAUCAUAAAAUCAAAAGAGUAAUCAUAGAACAUACCAGAAAGAAAGUUGAAAAAAAGGCCACCGGCUAGCUUAGCGACAUAGCUUGCUUAUAUUAUAUAUUAUGUAGCGUGAAUUUUGAAUUCAAUGGGGGCUACACGUUACAACAACGAAAAGGUACGUAUAUAACAAGGCAGAACGCUUUGAAGGGGAAGGGUGUCUUGUAAAUUCUAUCAAGCUAGCCACCUACCAACGCCAAGCUCUCCUUUCUCUGCUGUGAAUUGGUGUGUGGAGGAGGAAAGGAAUCUGAAGAGAAUGAUAAGGGUAGGCGUGGUUGCAGAACUGUUAGAGGCAUAUAGAGCAGCGCUUUCGAUGAUGACAGAGCACCUCUUACCGCCACCACCGCGGCGGUGGCGUAGCGCCCGUUUUGAUGGUCUCAUCAAUACUAUUCGUUUAGUUUCUCGCCCGGCCUCAACUCCCGACUCUGCCUCUUCUUUCUAUCUGUACUUUUAAACUUAAAUUUGGUUACUUAAUUUGCAAUAUCUGUGUUCAAUUUUUAGGAUGCUGUACUCCGUGCGUCCUUGAAAUGGUGUACAUCUAUAUUUAUGAAAUUCUUUGUUUUCUUUGGUUUA